UUCACAGACCGGGCCAUAAAUUUUGAAAAUCGUUCAAGAUGGUUGAUUUCUUGUGCGUGAUCAUGGUAAUUUGGUAUGUGAUUACCCUACGAAACACAUUGUAUAUUAUAACAAGCAGUACAGACUUAUUAAAUAAAUAGGUAAUCAAAGACUACCAUAGGUUAAGUCUAGAGUCUACUUGAGGAUUGAGAUUGGAACGUAGAGUAUUAAUAGACUUCAGACAUAAUACCAAGUGUAGUCCAAGCUGUCAGAUGUCAUGUCAGAAAUAUCAAAUGUAUUUUUUAAAUUUAAUGUCAGAUGGCGUCCUAGAAAUAUUAAGUUUUUAUAUGUUUGUUUCCAUGAAUUUUGUAAUUUAUUUAGCGACGAUACCAUUAAAUAUGAAGGAUAAUUUAAUGUUCUCAUAUGAACUGUAAGUUUUAUUAUCAAAAUGGAAGCCCAUUUACACGACGUGCCUGUCCUAAGUACUUUACAACCGAUGCACAUUCAUCAACAACAACAAAAUAUAAAUCAAAUAAAUAUUCAGCAUCAGCAGCAAGUAGAACCUCUUCCGCCGCCUCCAGAGCACAAGCCAAAAGUAGACAAAAAGAAAAAAGAGGCUAUAGAUGGACAGGCACGCGAAAUUAUAUUCAAAGUGAUAAAAUUCUUCGAAAGCGAAAAGCAAAAUAGAGGAUAUGCAUUUCCAGUGGAAAAUGUAGUAAAACGGGCCUGUGCAGCAACUGGGCUCUCAGAAAGUACAAUAAAACGAAUUAAAAGGGAAGGACUGCGCGCUGAGGCGACCCAAACUAAAAUGACAGGACCUAAGAAGAAACGAAUGCGAAAAACCAAAGUUCAGUUAGAUUACUAUAAACUGUGUGCCCUGCGUGGCAUAGUAAAUAGCUAUGCAUCAAGAAAAGAAGUACCAACGUUAGGUAAGAUUCUAGCUGCUGCUAAACACGAGCUAGAUUAUAGAGGUGGUAAGGAAUCAUUAAGAUUAAUAUUACUUAAUAAAUUAGGUAUUAAAUUUAAAAAAUGUGAAAAGAAAAAGAGUGUUAAACAGGAAGAGGUUCCUCCACAGUACCAGCCUCCACCCCCAGUAAUGACACAUAUCCAAAUGGAGCCAAUGAAGCCAGAAAACCAUUGUAUUUAUACAAAUAUGAUGCCUCAUGUUCCACCUGUGUCUUAUUAACAGUAUUAGUGCACAUUUGUUCUGUGAGUAAAAGAUAUGGAAUUUAUUAUAUUAAUUUACAUGCCCGGCAUGUAUAGUAAUAUAAAACAUUGUAAUAACCAAAUGGCAUAUGUUUCUAAUAGAAUCUAUUAUAUCAAAUUAAACAGUUUGAAGUUUUACAGUAACCAGUGAUUAUUUUAUAAUUAUAUAGAGCAUAUUGGCUAUGAAUAUCAUAUAGUAAACAAAGGUUCUUUGUAAGCCCUGUAUAAUGUGUUGAAUAUAAAAACAAUAAUUUUAGUUGUGUGGGCACAGAUUAACAUAGAUAUUUACUAAAAAUAUUAUAUUAAUAUAAUUUUCUUAUAUCUUAAGAUAUUGCUGAAACUAUACUUAUACUUUGAACCACUAUUGUAAAAUAUGUAUCUUUAAAUAGGAACUACUAUUAAGUACUAUCAUUAAUUUUACAUGUAAAUAAUUAGAAAUUUGUAUUAAUAAUGCACCUGUUUUGUACUUUUGUAGAAAAUGCAAUAAGUAAAUGUAAUUUAACAAAAUUAAUUUUAUGCACAAUCAAAAAUCAAUGUAAUGUAUAGAGGUUAAAGUUGUUUUAAACUACCUCUGUAGCAUUAUUACAAGCAGCAAGUUUCCUACUAUGUGACUUUGACCCCACGGUCAUACCCACUAUCAUUGAAGUCAGUAUUAUCCUAAAUUAUGCUGAGGUUAUCUAGGCAGUGUCAAACCAUGGGUUAGACUCAGGAGCCGAGAUGGCCUAAGUAUAAAAACCAAUGUCUACAAAAUGAGAUUUGACAUUCCGGAGUCAUACUUAUUGUGUAGUGUGUUUAAAUAUAACUUUUAAGUUUAUGCAGUUAAAAUGUCAUUAUGUAUAUAAAUAUCUUUUACAUAUGUACAAAUCUGUCUCCAAUUUGCAUUUCUAAUUGAAGACUGCAAUUGGAAGACUGCAGGAUCUGCUAUUAGUUGUUCUUAAUUUUUACAUAACCAAGAACAUUCUUGGAGAAGAAAAUCAAUUUGUUUGCUCUGGCAGCUAACAGCCACAUUCUGUCAUUAUUACAGUGGUUAUUAAAUUAAUAAAGUAUGUAUGUAAAAU